AUGACAUUUCAGUGUGACAUGCUACCCCGUUCUACUUCACCCGGUGGCACCGAGUCGACACCCUCGAUCUGCAGGUUCGAAAUCUUAACUCCUUUCUCUUUGCAUCGAGCUCAAGAAGAGCAUAACUACGCGAAUUCCCCACCUGUUGACAUUAAAAUCGCUUACGCCCGUCAAGAGUCCCUUAAGAAGCGCUUACGGAAUGCCAAGCUGUCGUUGCUUCGUAGGCGAAGAUCCAUAAAGAAAAUUAAAGCAAACCUUUCAGACAAGUUGAGAGAGUGCAAGAAACUUGGCGCUAAUCAAUUCGACGCACUAAGAAAAAAGUUUCCUGCCCUUCUAAAUCAAGUUCUGGACCAGCAACUUCAAGCUCACAGCAGCAAAGGGAAAACCAGAGUACGCUACAAUAACGAAGUCAAAAAGUUUGCAAAAACCCUGCAUUUUAUGUCACCUAAGGCCUAUUCAUUUCUUCAAAAACAUAUCACUUUACCACAUGAAUCAACUUUAUCUUCAUGGACCAGUUCUGUGGAUUGCAGCCCCGGCUUCAGCAAGGAUGUGAUGGCAAGGCUCUCAGAAGCUAGACAAAAUGAUAAUACAAAUUUCAUGACUGACGUGGUCCUUCAAGUUGAUGAAAUGGCGAUUCGGAAGGAUACACCCUGGUGCAACCAUCUUCACAAAUACGAAGGGUUUGUCACGCCGAUUGGAAUUGGAGGGAUAUUGGAAUGUGACGGAACCGAAGAACUAGCAACUUCCGCAUUAGUUGUGCUUCUGGCAGGCGUUUGCGGUGGUUGGGAGAUCCCUUCGGAUUCGUUUUCACCAAAAAAGUCGACGAAACAACCAUAUGGAUAUUCAGCUAAUUGCAAAAUGUUUGAAAAAUUUGGGCUAAAGGAGAAACCUGAAAUCAAAGGAAGUAGAAAUCUUGAUAUGAUUGAUAUCCAUUACGAAGAUAUUCACGCAGUAUUAGACAAUCCUGUCAACCCAGCAAGAAACUUUGGAGCAAUUUUCGAUGUAUGUCACGUUCUAAAGUUGUUCAGAAAUCUGUUGGCUCAAUGUGAAGGGAUUCAAGAUGACGUUUGA